UUUGUGACAACUGAAAUGAAAUAUUUUUUUUAUAAAAUUAAUAUUUUCAGAAUUAGCCAAACAGGACAAAUGCAUGGGUUUCCGAGGUUUCAGUGUCCAAAUGGCUCCAACUUUGCUCCCAGGUUUCAUCACAGAGGACCUUCUCCGAAUCAACAUAACUUCUACACCCCACCGCGUCAGCCUUCACCAAGACAGCAAGUCUCUUACUCAGACAUGAAUGUCUUCAGUAAUGGUCCAAGAAGACCACAGACAGCAAACUUUGGCAAGAAUACCUUUCAUUCUCCCCCAAACUUUAAUUCGCCGCCUCCUAGACACCAGGUUUCCUAUUCAGAUUCUAACAUGUUUACGCCAAAUUCUGGACAACAGCAGGUCAAAAAUGGAGAUGGUAUUCAACACCAACAGUUUAAUCCACAGUGGCAAAGCCCUCCUCCAAGAUUUACUCCUCACCAACAGAAUGGACACCCCUGGCAGAAUAACAGAAAUCAAAAUUGUCAGUGGGGAAAUACUUCCCAAAAUGGAAAUAACUUGAAUUGCCAUAAGAAUUUCACAAGCAGUGGUGUCGAUGGUUUUACAACAAAUCACAACCAGAAAGGAAACAACAAGAAACCUUGGUCCAAUAAUAUCUGGAACAAUCUUCCAAAAGAUUCCAACAGGAACCCGGAACACUUUCAGAAAAAGAAGAAAAAGCCUAAAGUAGAUAAAAGAGAUCUGGCUGAAAAUAAUGUUUAUUUCUGUGACACUUGUGACAGAGGAUUUAAAAUGGAGGAGAAAUACCAGGAACACAUUCAGAGUCAUGUCAAAUGUCAACAUGAAGGUUGUUCUUAUACAGCUCACCCAAAGCUUGUAAGACUCCACAACAAAACACAACAUUAUAGUGGACUGGCAUCAAAGAUCUGGAAACUGGAGUCUCCUGAGGACAUUGAAAAAUGGAGACAGGAAAGGAGAAAAAAUUUUCCAACUGCUGAAAAUGUUCAGAGAAAGAAAGAGAUUUUGGAGGAGAAAAGAGCCAGAGGUGAAGUUAUAGAGACUAAAACAUUUGGUAAAAUGAGAAAUAAAGAUGGAAAAAGAGAAAGAUUUGGAAGAGGGAGAAACCAGAGACAGAACAAUAGGAAAAACUUCUCAGAAGAAGAUGUUAAAAAGGAAAGUCCCCCAAAGUUAGAGGUCACCAUUACAAAGGAAAAUGUUAAGAAGGAGGGUGUGAAGAAAUUUGAUGGUGACCCACUGUCAAUGUUAGAGGGAUUGGAGGAAGUUGUGCCAGAAUCAGACAAACCAGUCUCAACCAUAGGGGGACUUGCUGCAUUGAUGGCCAACUACAGUGAUAGUGAUGAGGAGAAAGCCACACAAGCAGACACACAAACAAACAAACCUGUCAUUGUUGACGAUACUGAACCUGUGGAGGAGAGCCUGUCUGGUGAAAUGAAGAACAAAAGAUCACGAAAACGAAAGAGACAGAGAAAAAAUGGCCAAGAUGGUGACUGCAGUAGUCAGCCCAAAGUCCGCAAGUCUACCCUACUGGAAAAGCUGCUGGCCCCUGACAUAAGAAGAGAAAGGAAUCUGAUUCUGCAGUGUGUGUAUCAUAUCGUAAAGGAAAACUUCUUUGGAGUCGGGAAUCCUAAAGAGGGAGAUUCUCAAAAGCCAAAAAUCACAGCGAAUGACAAAACUGAUAAUCUUUUAAUUGAAAAAAGUGAAACUGAUGGUGAAAGUAAUGUCGUGAAAAACUGUAAAGCAGAAUCUUUCACAGAAAUUUCUGCAGAAGGAACUGAGGUUGGAGAACUGGUCCAUGCACAGAACAGACUCACAAACUCUGAUGUAGUGGAGAAACUAGAUUUGACCAGAAAUGAAGACACUGAGUGCAUUAUUGAUGAUUGUGCCUGGGAGUGAAUUGUUCUUACUGUUAAAAUGAUCUGUUGAUAAAGAAUAUCAAGUCAUUAAAUAUUACUUGUUACAUUUUUA